AUGAUAGGAUCCCAACUGACCUGAUCGCACUGGUGACUCUCGAGCAGUCGUGAUCGAUGAAUUCCUCUUCACGACACGACUGUUCUCAGACCUUGAUCGCCAUGAAAUCUAGUCGUCGCCCAAUCAUUUUAUCGUCUAAGUCUUCUCGGGGUUGGUCAGAUUCCCAUUUAUCUGAUCGCCAAGUCUAGAUGACCCACUAAACACUUGCAGGCCUGUUGUGUUAGGCGAUUUCAGAUUUCGAAGUCCAAUUCCAUGCCGUCAGUUCUUAGACAGAAAUCAGUUUUGAUAAGGAGAAUUAUCCGGCGCGGUUUCAGAUAGGAGAAUAUCUUCCUCCAACAAUCGACGCCUCAGAGCCGUUUGCGUCCACGACCGCAUCGUAGGCGUUGUGCGGUCUAAGUCCUAGUUCUAAGUAGGCCGGCCGCCUCGCACGCUCUACUCUCCACCUGUACCACCUCGCACGAUUGUCUCUCCUGUCAUCGAACGUACGAAUCUCGCUGUCAUUUGCAUGCGAGACUCGUUUCGUCGCGCGUAUCAUUCAAGCAAUCUCUAUUGACCGGUCAUGGAGGCAUGGCUCGCCUCGUGCGUGUCACGCUCGCUCUCCCUCCACUGCGUGCCGAAUGCGACUUUCUUAGCGGAGCGCCUCUGCGCGUCAUUCCCGAACGAGCCCAACUUCCAGUUGCUGGCUUCCUGCUACAUCAGAGCUAACAAGCCUCUGCUCGCACGGCACGUGCUCAAAGGCCUGCCGUCUGACCAAAGCCGUUACCUGCUGGCACUGGCGUGCCACGACCUGCAGCUGCUCACCGAAGCAGAAGCAGCGCUGCAGCCCAACCCCGCGUCCAUGAUCUUACCCCCCGCGCUGCACGGCCUCACUGCCUCCUCCUCCUCCCCUGCCGCCUCGGCCUCCUCGGCCUCAGCACAACGAUCUCACGAGGUGCCCAAUGGUGCUGCAGGCCUGUACCUCCUCGGGCUCAUCUGCAAAGCCACCAACCGCCGUCAGAUGGCCAUUCGCCAUUUCACAUCCGCCCUUGCAUUGGACCCUUUCUUCUGGUCAGCAUACGAGGAGCUCUGCAUUCUUGGAGCGGAGGCAGAGGCGUCACAAGCAUUCAGCGAAACUGCUGCUCUGCAGUUGGAGGAGCAGCAGCUGCAGAAGCAGCAGAAGCUUCAACACGAGGUUUCGGUCCAUCAGCAACAGCAACUGAAGCAGCAGCAACAGUCACAGUAUUCUCAGCAGCAGCAGUCAGGGCAGUUGCAGGAGCCAGUGCAAGAAGGGACCGCGCCACCUCUGCAGCAGCUGCAGCAGCAGCAGCAGCAGCAGCAGCAGCAACAGCAGCAGCAGCAGCAGCAGCUGGGGGCUAAUGCGGCCUCAAACUAUAUCACACCUCCAGAAGCAGUGGUGAACACGUGGAGGGACAAUGCCUCUCCUCGCACGCCGGCAGGGCCUGUGGUGCCUGCUGUGAGUGCUGCUACACGCAUGGCACACCGCCGCAAGAUGGUGGACGAAAGCAGGCUGCGCAAUGUGGCUGGUCGUCUGUUUGCUGAGCCUAGCACCUUGCGCCGCAGCACACGAUUAGCGGAGGGGGGAGCAGGCGGGGUUGGAGCUGGUGUUGGUGGUGGUACUGCUGCUGCUGGGUCGACUUCUGCUGCGCGGGGGAGCUCGGGGGUUGGAGGAGGGGGAGGGGGGACGAGUAGGGGCUCGGUGAUUCGUCGAUCAACUGAUGGGUCUAGUCCAGCCCGCAAGCCUAUCACCCACUCUAUCCCAGCCAUGCCGUCUCUUGAUCUGGGAUCUGAUUCCGCACCAGCUUCCUCUGCUGCUGCUGGUGUCAGCGGGGUUGGAGGAGGAGGAGGAGGAGGCAGAGUGUCUACAGCAGCAGGUGCCGGUGGUACUGGUAGUGGUGUUAACACGGCAGCUGCUGCUGGCUCUGCAGCUGGUACCUCUGCCUUCGCCUCCCCAUUCACACCUGCCGCCACGAUCCCUCUCAACCUCCCAUCCGCCACUCCUCACACUGCAACUGACCCUUCUGGAGCAGUGCCACAGGAUUGGGAGCUGAAGCAAGAGGCCCGGGAAGAGGACAGGGAGGCUCGGCAGCGGCAGGGGAGAGAAAAGGCGGGAGGGGCGAGUCGUGGCUCUAAUGGUGGGGCCCCUUCUGCUGAUAGUGCUGCUGGAGGGGUGGGGGGAGGCGGAGCAGGGGGAGGGGAGGAGGUGGAGGGGAGAGAAGCGACAGGAAGAGGCAGCAGUGGAGCAGAGGGAGGGGGGAGAGACGGGGAAGGGGUGGAUGAGGCUGAAAGUGGGCAAGGAGGGGAGAGGAGUGGUGGGGGAGUAGGGUAUGGGGAGGCAGGGGAGGCUGGUAGUGCAGGGGAUGGAGCAGGGAAAGGUGGAGAAAGUGGGGCGGUGCUGGCAGUGCGGCUGCUGAAGCAAGUGGGGCGAGCUUUCCUGCUGCUGUGCAUGAUGCGAUGCCAGGAGGCGAUAGAGGCCUUUGCAGAGCUCCCUUCUGCUCAGUACAACACGCACUGGGUGCUGGUGCAGGUGGGCCGAGCAUAUGUGGACAUGGUGCAGUAUGCAGAGGCGGAGAGAGUGUUUGAACUGGCCCGACAGGCCAGCCCAUGCCACGUGGACGGCCUGGAUGUCUACUCUACCGUCCUCUUUCACAUGCGAAAGGACGUGCAGCUCAGCCUGCUGGCGCAGGAGGCCCUAGCAGUGGACCGCAUGGCUCCCCAGUCGUGGUGUGUGAGUGGCAACCUGAUGAGUCUCACUAAGCAGCACGAAGCAGCGCUCAAGUUCUUUCGACGAGCCACUCAGCUGGACCCCUCCUUCACCUACGCACACACCCUCUGCGGCCACGAGUAUGCAGCAAUGGAGGAGCUUGAGGAUGCUGCUCUCUGCUUCCGCACUGCCAUUCGCUUAGAUGCCCGGCACUACAACGCAUGGUACGGACUGGGGUCUGUGCUGAUGCGGCAGGAGCGGUUCCACCUAGCAGAGUACCACUUCCGCACUGCUCUCACUGUCAACCCCCACUCCUCCGUGCUCCACACCUACCUCGGCGUCUGCCUGCACUCGCUCAAGCGGAGCAGCGACGCCCUGGCCUCGCUGCAGCACGCGAUGCGGCUAGACCCGCGCAACCCCCUGCCGGUGUUCCAGCACGCACACAUGCUGCUGAGCGACGAGCGCCUGGGCGACGCGCUGCACGCAGCCAAGCAGUUGCUGCACGUGGCUGCCAGGGAGCCCUCUGUCUACUUCCUGCUGGGGAAGAUAUGCAAGAAGCUGGACCGCCCAGAGGAGGCCCUCAUGCAUCUCAACUGCGCACUGGACUUGAAGCCACCUGCCCAGCAAGUCAACCUCAUCAAGGCCUUUAUAGAAAAACUGAAUGUGCCCGACAACCUGGAAGACGUAGAGGAGGAGGAGGGCAUGUAGGGAAUGCCAUGUAGGGAGGGAACAUGUGGGGGAGGGCUUCUAGGAAAAGGCUUGACUGAUUAGGGCUGAGUGAAGGCAUGUGGGGACAGGCUGAGUAAUGGUGAAGGGAGAACGAAUACGGUAUGCUAUGGAAGUAGGUAGGUGCAUUGCAAACUAACAUAACACGGAAUCUAGGUUAUAUUAUGCUUGCUGCAACGCGGAGCAAGGGUGAAGGCACUGUUAUCAGAGCACAAUCACAGACAGACAUACUC